AUGUCGUCUGCCAGUGGUACCUUUCGAGGAACCCCCAAUAAAACAAUCGGCCGAGGAAAGAUGCCGGAUUUCGACUACAACAGCCCUUCUGGAUCCCACAUUCCUCGUCCUAAGCCAGACGCUGCACCAGGACAAAGUGAUGUGGGAAGCAGUGCAACUGCAGCUAGCAGGCAAAGGCAAAACCAGUCGAAACGAGAUGAGGCUAUUCGCAGAAAAAUGGAAGCGGACCUUAGCAAGAAGCGUCACCAUGUUCAGAGAGCUCGUCAUUCCCGCAAAGCCCCCCCUGGAACAGUAUUGGCUUUAAAGCCUAGCCAAGCUCUUCAAGUGAAACCCGGCACGUCAGUCGCCGAAGCCGCACAGCUAAUGGCUGCCAAACGAGAAGAUUGUGUACUGGUUACUGAUGAAAAUGAACGAAUCGCCGGUAUUUUCACUGCCAAGGAUCUUGCAUUCCGCGUUGUAGGAACAGGUCUCAAGGCGAGAGAAGUGACUAUUAAUGAAAUCAUGACCAAAAACCCUCUAUGUGCUCGCACUGAUACCAGUGCCACCGAUGCCCUUGAUUUGAUGGUUCGAAAAGGCUUCCGACAUCUUCCUGUAAUGGAUGAAAACCAGGAUAUCUCCGGUAUUCUGGAUAUUACCAAAUGCUUCUAUGAUGCCAUGGAGAAGCUUGAACGGGCAUAUAGCUCAUCCCGAAAGCUUUACGACGCGUUGGAAGGUGUGCAAUCCGAGUUAGGCUCCAGCCAGCCACAGCAGGUCAUCCAAUACGUCGAGGCCCUGCGUCAGAAAAUGUCAGGCCCAACUUUGGAAUCUGUCCUGGAUGGUAUGCCUCCAACUACAGUAUCAGUGCGAACAUCAGUCAAGGAUGCUGCUGCAUUGAUGAAGGAACAUCAUACCACUGCUCUUCUUGUUCAAGACCAGGGCUCUAUAACUGGUAUCUUCACUAGUAAAGACGUAGUUCUACGUGUUAUCGCUCCUGGUCUCGACCCUGCGACUUGCAGUGUCGUCCGCGUGAUGACCCCUCAUCCUGACUUUGCCCCAACUGAUAUGAGUAUUCAGGCCGCUUUGCGCAAGAUGCAUGAUGGGCAUUACCUCAACCUUCCCGUCAUGAACGAGGCUGGUGAAAUUGUUGGUAUGGUCGAUGUGCUCAAAUUAACAUAUGCCACUCUAGAACAGAUUAAUUCAAUGAACACUUCAGAUGACGAAGGCCCUGCUUGGAACAAAUUUUGGCUCUCUAUGGACCAUGAAUCGGAUUCUAUGGUAUCUGGAGGUGCCAGUCACCGCCCUCAUACCCCUCAUCGCUCUAUCUUGAGUCCAGAUCCAUCUAAGCCAGGUUUUGAGCGAGGCGACAGUGUUUUGCCAAAUGAUUCCGCCUCACACCACGGAGAUGAAAUUCAUUCAGAGAUUUUGGAAUCGCACCACGAAGAUGCCAGCGUCUCCUUCCCAUUCAAGUUUAAAGCCCCCAGCGGUCGUGUACAUCGCAUCAAUGUUGUCCUGUCUGAUGGAGUUUCUGCAUUUGUGAGCAAUGUUUCCGCUAAGCUGGGUCAAGAAGUCGACGCCGUUGGUGGUGAACCAUCUGUUGAGGAAGGAAAGCUCAGCAGCACCGGAUUUGCGCUCAGCUAUCUUGAUAAUGAAGGAGAUACUGUCUCUAUCACUACUGAUCAAGACCUCGAAGAUGCAGUUCACCAGGCAAGAAGGCUUCACCAUGAAAAGGUUGACUUGUUUGUUCAUGAUCCAUCUCAGCCACCAAUGCCGGCCACAAUCGAGCCACAGCCGGUUGCUUCAAAGCCCCCUACUCCCCCUGAUUCUACUCUCCGAGUGCUGACUUCCAAGGCCGAGGAGAGUGGCCAAGACAGUGAAGAAUAUGCUAGAUCAGGCCGGAUAAGCAGACAAUCCGUUUCUCAGCGCCCAGUAGAGGAACAGCUCAUUACCGGCGUACCUAAUGAUCUUCUCCUCCCCGGUGCUAUUGUGACUCUUGCGGCCGUUAUCGUCGGGGUUUUCGUCCUCAGCCGGCCGAGUGGAAGGUAA